CUGCGGAGCAUUGGAUUGUGGGUAUCUUAUGUUUCCUGAUAGACUCUGACAGUCAGCUGUUGCAGGAAAGUUUGUUCAUAGUUUGAUAACUCUUUGUAUAGUCUAUCUGUCGUUUUUUUUACAUGUUACACCGCGCUUGGACCUCAUUUCCUGUGCGCGCUGUUUAUAACUUUUGUUUCAUCGACUACAAUCCUGACAGUCGGUCCGGUGGAAAUCUGUAUCUAUACAAGAAUAACUUGGAAUAACUUUGGCAAUGAGUUUGAACGAGCACUCCAUGCAGGCUCUGUCCUGGAGGAAACUGUACUUGAGUCGAGCCAAACUAAAAGCCACCAGCCGCACUUCAGCUCUUCUGUCGGGAUUCGCGAUGGUUGCCAUGGUGGAGGUACAGCUGGAGCCGGAUCAUGUGUAUCCUCCUGGGCUGCUCAUAGCCUUCAGCGCCUGCACCACGGUUCUGGUUGCAGUGCACCUGUUUGCCCUCAUGAUCAGCACCUGUAUCCUCCCUAACCUCGAGGCCGUCAGCAACGUUCACAACCUCAAUUCUGUCAACGAGUCUCCCCAUGAGCGUAUGCACCGCCACAUAGAACUGGCCUGGGCUUUUUCCACAGUCAUUGGCACCCUCCUCUUCCUCACAGAGGUGAUGCUCUUGUGCUGGGUGAAGUUCUUGCCCCUCAGAAACAACUCUGAGAACAACGGCACUAUAAGCUCCGGCGAGGCGGCGGCCAUCGCUUCCACCUGCAUCAUGGUGCCGUUUGGACUCGUUUUUAUUAUGUUCGCUGUCCACUUCUACCGCACGCUCGUCAGUCACAAAACAGACCGGCAGAUCAGAGAGCUGGAGCAGGUCAUUCGGCUCCAGAACCAGCUGGACCAAAGGCCUGAGAAUGACGACCUGAAGGCUGCUGUCCAUAUUCCUUGAUUAUAGCCAGUUAGCAUACAACAGCAGCGGACAUUGUAAAAUUUGUGUUUAAGAACUGUGCUCAGAUGCUUUUAAUGCCUUUGCAAGUUUCAGCUGUUUAGCGUUGAAUGUUUUGACUCCAUCCACUUUUGGAGAGUGCAUGGUCACAGUCUUCUGUACAUCAUAUAUUACUGUAGGAAAUAGUUUUACCUUGAAUAUUCAGGUUCAUUUUUUUGUUCUCAGGCUGCAAAUUUUUAGUGGCUUUUAUGACAACAUAUCAUAUUGUAACACUACUUAUUUUAGAGCCACUAAAGGACUUCACAUGUGCAUUGUCAUAGAAAUUGGAGCAACACCCAUUUCUUCUGCUUUUUUAUGAAGGAAAUAGUCAGGUACUUAUUUAAUAUGUAAAAAAUGUUCUGUUCAGAACUGAAUAAUACGUUGUUGUUUACAACAACAGUAGAGAGCAGGACUACUAGGAAAUCUGACUUAAAAUGUUUACCCAAAGGAUAUCCACAUCAGAUCAAAAUGAUGGCAGUAAAUUAAAGCUGCAGUGCGGAACUUUUGUGUCCCCCUUCUGGCAGUAAGAGUAAAUAGCCGUUAUCUGGAUGUAACUCCAGUUCUAUGAGUACUUGCGUGACCCGGUCCCCGUCGCUACUGUUGCAGCUGUAAAACGGUGGAUAAAUUGUUUUUAAGCGCUACCCAACCCCACAUAUGACUCGUGUCACUAUUUAAUUUGAUCCAGGGCUAGUUAGCAGAGCACAUGCUCUGUGGACACCCUUCAGCUCUGGCAAACCUUUUUUCUUUUUCAGUUCUCUUAACAAUACAAUGAUACAAAUAAUCAAUAACAAUUCAAUUUCAACAGAUAUAUAGGUAAAAGGAUAAAUAAAUAAUAAAUUAGGAUAAUUAAUAACUCAAAACAUGCCAAAGUAACUUAAGUGAAAACAUUAAAUUGGGAGCACAGUAUCACAGUUUUGAUAGCUUUUUUGUUUUUUGCUGACGUUAUUGUCUGAAUAUUUAGCUCCAUUUCUUUCUUCAAAACUUGAAAGUGAGGUUUUACCUUAGCAAAUUUACAUUUAUGAAUGUAAAACUUUGCAAAACAUAUAUUGAGAUCGAUUAGAAAAUACUAUUUUUCAUAUAUUGUGUCGAUCCUUAAAAAAUCAAAGAAACACAUUUUCCAGUAGAAGCUCAAAGUUACAGAUAAUAUUAUCCAAGAUAAAUCUACAAAUAUCUUAGCACAGUUUACGGGUAUGUACACUUUUCUAGAACAGAUGUACAACAGUCUCAGUAUGGGAAAAACAGAAAGCACAGUUUAAAUCAAUAUAAUUUUUGAAUUUAACAAAAAAAGAUCUAACCAGGUAACACAGAUGAAUGAUUUUAAAUGAAACUUCUUUAACUUAAUUGACCAAAAAACAAUUUUUGUGGGAGAGUCUAAACUUUUUUUCCAGCAUAAAUUGUUUACACGACUAUUUCAAAAAUCUAUUCCAGGUGAAACAGAAACAAUAUUACAUUGAAAUAGAGCACAGACCUCACAGUUCUCACAACCAGAUGGGUCAAAGCACACUUUUCCAGUUGGUGAGUCGCUACAUCAGUAGAAGGAACAUCAAGAACAGAAGCUGAUACACAACCCCUAAAUAGUAGAGAGAAGCUCUGGCAAACCAGUCAUCGCUGGUUGAUGUAAAACGCAUCACUACUGGUGCGCCAGUGUGGGAAUAUCAUACUAAACACCAGAUUUUAAAACUCUGUAUACUGUCAAAUACAGAGAGAUUUACGUGGCAGUGAUAAGCGUAAUCAACAUUGUGUGAGCUUGUUUGGCAAGGGCUUGAAUGUAACAGAUGUUCAUUGAUAUGUAAAAGUUCCGCACUACAGCUUUAAAGGUGCACGUCCAUGUUUGAAUAUGAAUCAACAGCCCAGAACUCCUUUCAAUAUUCAUUUAAAUGAAGUGAAGCCUGUUUUAGUUCAGGCAAAUAACUUUAGUGGAUCUGUGCUCUCUGCUGUUUUCUCUCUGUUAUUUAAGAUGACAAUCAGUUUCAGAUCAAUCAGUUUAUUUAUUCAGUGCAGCUGAUGGUGGUAUACUGCAUAACUCACCACCAUGACAGCACCCACCUGUGGCCUUUAUAGUGGCCCAUGGUGGGUGACAUUUGUUUAUCCUGUUCUUUCUUUUGGCGGACUAUACAUUAGGCUUGCAGGGAGCAACACCAAGCCUUUAACAUCAAUGCAGAUGUUUAUUAUUAAGAUGUGGAUAGUCUGACUGAAAUAUCAGUUCACAGCUUGAUCUGCAUGCUUUUAAAGCUGGUUUCACAACCAAAAAGACUUCUGUGACCAAAGUUGCUUCCUUUUUAAACAUCUACACUAACAUUUGUCGAAAACCGUCCACAGUGCAUAUAGUGCCAGCAGAAAAACGAUUUGAGCGAAGUGUUGCGUAGAUCAUUAGGAAAACAAAUAGUUAACAGCCAGCAGUAUUUGUGUACAGUCUGAAGCAACAUCUUAAAAAUGAAACUCAGCCAGGCUUUUAUCCAAACUGUGUUAUCGCAGUGCACACAUUAUCAUCUCGAGGGCCCUGUGAAAAUGUAAGACUGAUAGUGGAGUCUGUGUUUUUCACACUUUUGUAAAAAUCAAUUUCAUGUAAGAAAUUUGCUCAAUUUCACAUUGCUUUUGCACUUCCCUAUAUAUGGUUACUGCUUUUAAUGAAAGAAGUGUUGGUGAAUGUAUUACAAGCAUGUGUUUCAUAGAAAUGUGUUAAUAUUUGUAUCUUUUUUUACUUUUCAUAGUUUACAAGCUUGAGCAUGUUUGCAUGCUCUAGGUUAUAGAUUAAGUGUGGAAUGUGCGUUGUGUUAUUUCUGUCCUGUGGCUCAUUGUUGAAUUGUUUUACUUUGACUGACUGUAUUCUUUAUUUCUAUGUUUGUACAAAAACUCUGUUCAAGUUCAGUGUGAACACAUUUAGGAUAAUUCAUUAUUAUCACUUUAUAGUCUCAUGUGAUGGUGUCUUGACAAAAAUUUCAUAUCAAUAUGAAAUUUCCAAUCCAAAACACUCAUCCCGAAACAUGCUGAAUUAGAAAAAAAUCACAAUAUGAGUAUAUAUAUAU